GCUUUGUAUAACUCAAUCACCAACACUGGAUUAGUUAUAGAUAGUAGAACAGGACUAGUUGCUCUAGAAGAGUUCAAAGGCGAUAAAGCAAUUAUUGACUAUGGUUUUGAAACAGGUUUUUUUGGGAAAAGUUCCGCAAAAACAGCCGAAGAGUUUGAAUCUAACUUGAAAAAAUACGAUAUCGUGAGUGAGGCGAAGGGUACUCCUAAGUAUCCAAUGGUACUGGCACCCACAAAAACUAAAAAAGAAAUAAGAGCUAUACUCAUUAAUAUUCUUCAAAAACUUUGUCCCGCGGUUGUCGACUUGUUUUUCCAAAUAAAAGAUAUUACAGACCAUUGUCCAAACAAAGCAAUUUGUGCCGUAAAAAUUAUUUUAAUUCCUAUCAUGUAUGUACUACAGACGUACCUAAGUAUAAUGUUUGCACCACAAAUACAAGCCUGGUAUACAUUUAAAUCUGGACUUCGGUCCUUUAUUAUUAUUUUUAAAUGGCUGAUUAAACUUUUUGAGGCAUCGGUAGGAAUUGCAAAGCUUAUAAAAUCUGGUGCCAAGUAAGUAUUAAUGUGAAUCAACUCAUUAUAUUGAUAAAUAUUUUUGCUAGAUUUAAAUUAAAUGCCGUAAUGGGCGCUGCUAAUGGUGCACUGGCCCUAUAUGAAAUUCUAAAAGAAAUUCAAAGUUCAAAAAUCAAUUUAAUAAAAAUUUGGCCAGACUUGUUUAACUUACCAGAAAUUUUUUGCAAAUUGAUUAAUGGCUUGGGUGGAAUGGUGUCGGCUGGAGUAAAUGGCCUAUUUGGAAUCUUUUCGAAAAUUUAUCAAUUCCCAUUUGGUUGGAUUGGGACAUUGAAAAAAUUCGUUAAUGAUAUAUUAGAUUGCAUCAGUGGAGGGCGGCCCACUAAUCGGGACAUUGAUGAAGCUGCUGAUAAAUUACUAGAGGUUUCCAGACGAAAAAGAUCACUAUUCAACCUACAGGGUGGAUUCCCAGUCUUUACCAAUUUUUUGGAAUCCUUGAAAGGAAAGGGUAACUUCAAAAUUAAAGGACUCAGUAUUUCAAGACUUGUCGACAUAAUAAAAAAAGCCUCCGCUACAGCAAAGACGACAGUUAUGGAAAUAAUGAAUUUAUUGAAUCCAUUCUCUCCAAUGAAAAACAUUGUGGCGAGGUUAUUUGUUGAUACGAUUGUGUCAUUGAAUACGACAAAGGGUCCUUUAUAUGUGAGCCGACUUUUUCCGAACAUCGAAAUACCCGAUUCCGCUUUGAAAGGGACUAACAGAAAUUUGGCGGUCGAUUUAAUAGUUCCUGACAACAUUGACCUAUCUGUAAUGAAUCUUCCUACCACCAAAAUGCUCAGAUCGAUUCCUAUAGUGAAGGAAAUUUAUGGGGAAUUUGAUGAAGCAGCUCUGGAGUAUACCAAUUCUACUUUGGAGUUUUUGCUGACAAAUGAACAUGUGGAAGAAUUGGUUGAAUUCACUACAACCCUUGUUGGAUUACGAAAGUAGGCAAUAGUUUGUUGCUCAUAUUUAUCCAGUAUUAUUUUAAAUACAUUGUAAUGGUUUAUUGCAUAAUUUUCCAUAUUAUUGUUAUGUUCUUCCAUUAAUAUAUUUUAA